CCUAGAGGGGGCCAUCUUGCCAAACGACCGAUUCUCCCGUGAGGUGGAAAUGCGUUUUUUUUAUCGGUAUGGUGUAGGAAUUACUAACGCUAUCCGAGCUGCCGACGGGUGCAUCUAACGCGAUACGCUCACGCCAGCCCUCGUCCAUGGAAACCCGGGGCUGAUGCCGGCCGUGCAUCACUAGCAACACACCUAGCCGGCGAGCCUGUUUGGCGGUGGUUACGACAGGCAUGCAGACCUCCUCAGGCUAGUUGUGGCAGCUUAACCGCUUUGCAUUUAGUUCUAAAUAUUAUCCCACGAUGUGUAGAUAGCUAGCUAGCAGGCUAGGUACCGGCAUCGCUCCGGGAGAGAAGAGCAAUCAAUUGCCGGAGACCUUAACCAUCAGUUUUGUUUACUGAGUUGCUGCUGAGUUAGGGGAAACGGUGUGAGCUAGCUGUUACCGGCGUCUGGACCAAUAAAGGGAACACUAAUGCAGCCUAUAACAUACACGGCAAAUCCCAGCCAGCGGUAUUAAAGAGCGGUGUAUAAAGUUCUCCGCCAGCCUACACCUCAAUCCCCAUUCCGGGAAUUAGCAAGUAAAAUAACGACAGCAACGCAAGGAUGUUGCAUGUGUUGUUUUGCGGCGCUGUGGUUUUCCCUGGACUCUUCGUCGUCUUCAGGAAAGUACUCCCGUCCAUUUUCAAACAGUGGACAGAUGCCGACGUGGUCCUGGUCAGCGAGAGGCUGGUGUCCUCCAUCCACGCCAUCAUGGCCACCACGGCCGGCUUUAUCGUGGUGUCGUCCUGCAAUGAUGUCAUAAUGGACAGGCACUGGCUGGCUACCUACUUCGUGGUGUGGUACGGCGUGCCCUACAUGACGUACGACAUUUUCGCCAUGUAUCUAAGCCACUACUACCGCUUCCGGGUCAAAGGUCACGAGGAGUACAAGGAGCACUCCUUCCGAACGUUCAGACUGUUUGUCCGCCGAGAGUUUCUGCUGGUCCUUCAUCAUAUCGCCCUGCUGACCAUUCUCCUGCCCAUCACGCUGUUCUACAGGAAUGACCAGGGGGACUACUUCAUCGGCUGCCUGUUCCUAACGGAGUUCAGCACUCCCUUUGUCUCGCUGGGCAAGAUCCUGAUCCAGCUGGGGCUGCAGGACUGCUGGCUGCACAAGGCCAACGGCGUGAUGGUGCUGCUCAGCUUCUUCUCGUGCCGCAUCGCGCUCUUCCCCUACAUGUACUGGGCGUACGGGCGGCGCUACGGCCUCCCUCUCCACAGCGUGCCCUUCCACCUGUCCCUCGCCUGCAACCUGGGCAACCUCUGCAUCCUGGCGCCGCAGGUGUACUGGUUCGUUCUGCUGUGCCGGAAGGGCUACCGGCUCUACCAGCGGCAGGGAAAGGCGCGGGACUCUCCCGCCGUCGCGGACGGCGCCAAGGCAGACUAGCGCACCUCGCCGCCGGCGAAGGCACCACAACUACUACUGCUACUACUACUACGGCUACUACUACUACAAAAUGCAGCUACUGCUCCUACCACACCUACUGCUAGUACUGUUACUGCUGACGCUCCUCCUGCUGUUACCUCCACCCCCCUCUCCUGCUGUCACUGUUUCCUCCUCCUCCUGCUGUGGGCUUCUUCCUGUAGACUGGGUUCGCGGCCUCGCUUUCACAGCACCGGAGGGCUCUGACCGGCGGGGGAAAUGCGCAAAGGAACCGAAAGCCACAGGCCCUCUGAAAGGGGCUUUCUCUCACCGCACGUGAAACCGUUUCUCAUUCAGGGGAGCCUCCCGUCUCUGCGUACGGGGCUGUGGAAAGGAGAACGAGUGCCGGGUUCACGUCUGCAUUGUUUUUUUUUUUUUAAUUUGACAGGGGGGAGACCGUCUGGCUUGGUUGGUUCCGUUUUAGUUGAUCUGCUCGUGGUCUGUGAUUUGCGUGAGGACGUGCGGGACGUGACCCGCUCUCCCUUGCUGCGCUCCGGUUACACUCCCCCACCCCCCAGUCACCCCGCCCCCUGCCUAACUGAAGGCGCCCCGCCUCACGCCCCCGCUGCCCCCGGCAGGUCGCAGCUGGUGUCCUGAAAGAGCCAUUCGCACCACACAUCCUCACCAGCACCACCACACGAGCCCACGAAUGUGAGUCACCCCACAGUCCACAGUCCGUCGCCGCCCCCCCUUCUCGGCCGUCGC